GGGCCCCGGGCAGCUUGCUAAUCAACUAUCGCGCAAUCCAUGCUGCUCUUCACAGUCGGUUUGAGCUUGCGCGUGCUGGCUUCGGCUCACAGUCAGUCGCGAAACUGCUGGAGGUCAGUCGGCGAAUUGCUGCAGUCGAUUUCGUUGCAUAUAUGCUUCUGUUCGAUGAUCUGCACAGUCGAGUUCUGUACGGUCGUGGGCAGGUCCUGCAAAGUGGCUGCAUGGAUAUGUGGGCGGUGGAGUCGACAUUGAAGGAAAGUCACACCAAGUUGGUUCGUGGCGUUGAUCAGGUUCGGCAGUUGAGUCGCCUGACGACGGUGUGCCUGCUGUUGAAGAGCUACGUGAGCCAUCACGACACUUGGGCUUCGGAGUCAGAUGUCCGCUGGAUUGAAACCCCAGCCGGUCCUAGCCGUAACGGCGAAAAGUAA